AUGGUUGAGGGAAUGGCAGAAGGAGGGGACGCCGGUGCUCCGCCCAUCCAUCUGUGGGUGCGACGGGUAGGCGUCUACUGUGAUGAACGCCGUAAAACAUGGCUCGUGGCUGUGGAAGAGGAGGCAGGUACCCUGAGGGCCCGGAUUCAACGAGUUCGGGUCCCCCUGGGUGAGGCACUGCGACCCAGCCAACUUCCCCCAUCGCAACUGCCUCACAUGUGGCAGCUUUCCGAGGGCGAGCAGUACAGGGAUAGUAACUCUCGCAUUUGGGAGAUACAGCACCACCUAAUGAUCGGGGGAGUUGAGGAGCUGCUGCUUAGACUCAUGCCCGGUGAUUAA